AUGGCGACACACCACUUCAUUGAACAGAUCAAGGAAUUAGAGAUACUUGCUCAGCGAAACAAGAGCAAAGGAUACUGCGACACAGCCCGGAACGCAAUGCACAAAGCGCAGAGCAUCUGGUCGCCAGCACUUGGUAUUGCCAAGCCCGACUUCUCGAGCGAAGAGUGGCACGAGCUUGAUGUCGAGGACGUAAACCAGCUAACGGCGCUUGCUCAGCGAAACAAGAGCAAAGGAUACUGUGAAGUAGCCCGGAACGCAAUGCACAAAGCGCAGAGCAUCUGGUCGCCAGCACUUGGUAUUGCCAAGCCCGACUUCUCGAGCGAAGACUGGCACGAGCUUAAUAUCGAGCAGAUGGAACGAAUGGCUGCCAUCGCCGAAGAAAAUGCACUUAGUGGGUGGGAAAGCGGAGCGAGAGCUGCACUGGAAAGGGCUCGUAUCGCCUGGGAGAGACUUGCAGAGCCUAGACCUUCAAGACCACGGAUAUCGCAAGAAGCUAGACGUCAGCUGGGAAGAAUGCUGAAUAGCCAGCAAGAAGUUUGGACGGCUACAAAUCUGUCUACAUUGGGGGAAGUCACAUUCAGUUGUCCCAUUUGUAUUGAAGAUCUGUCAGGAAUAUGUUACAAGCAUAACUCAUGCAAGAAGACAUUUUGUCAUGAAUGUUUAGAUAGCUGGAUGCGUCUAAGUAGAACUUGCCCGUUAUGUCGCCAGGAUCUAUAG